AUGCCGUUUAUUGGAGCCUCGAACGCGUCUAACAGCAUAUUUAAGAAUUUGAAGGAGAAGCACUCGAUUGGGAGCACGCCUGCGGCUUCUUCGGUGGCGUCGUCUCUGGCGUCGACGGGGGCAGACAGUUUGGAGCACUAUCCGACGAGUGGGAGCGCCAGCAGCAAUUUGGAGGAGAAGUUGGAGGAGCGAAUAUCUCAGGGCAAGGAUGCUGGGGGGGCUCCGGCGGCAGCUGCUGCAUUUGUCGGGGAGGGAUGCGGACGGAACAUACAGGUGCCCAAGAUGCGGACGGUUUCCGUGAGCUCGACUGUUAGCCAGUGCCAGGAGUCGGAUCUGCAGCAGUUGUUGAGGUUUCCGAACGAAUCUACGCAUGCGUACUCGUACAACCCGCUUUCGCCCAACUCUUUGGCCGUGCGGCUUUCGAUUUUGAAGCGGUCGUUGGAGAUCAUGAUAAAAAACCCUACUUUGCUGCAGGACGCGGGUGGGACUACGGAUGAGCUGGCUCCGUUACCUUCGAUUGUGUCGAGAUAUAGCAUGGAUCGGUCGUAUUCCGCAAGUGUGAAACGGUCGCCCCUAGAAGUUCCUACGCAGCAGCUGCGGAACGCAUCUUCUGCUGCUCUUUCGGCGUUGUUCAACGGUCCCGUGAGUUCGUCGGCUUUGCCGUCUAGCCAGGGCGGCGGGGACAGCGCCAGCGGGUUGGAGGUUCCUGCGCUAGGGCAUUCUGUUACGUUGAAUGCUCUACAAUUGCAUUCUAACAAUGGGAAUGUGCCAUAUCGAACGGGCUCGGUCCAGCCGUUGCCCAUUGCAUGGGAAAUAGGGAGUGCUUCGUCAGAUAGUCCCGAACUUACAUCAGAGUUGGAAUGCAAGCGGCAUUUGCCGGACUCGCCCUCGAUGGUGUCUGUGACAGAUUUGACUAGCAGCAGUUGCAGCGACAGUUAUAAUACCACUACUAAUAAUAAUAAUAAUAACCAACUGCAGCAGCAGCAGCAACUCCAGCAACAGCAACAGCAACAGGUUCUGCCCAUGCUAUGCGAGCACCAGCAAAGUCACAAUGCCGAGUUUAUCGAUGAGAAGAGACAGGAAUUGGAGGGCCUUUUGAAAUUAUUGAACGAUACUUUGAAAAACCAGGAUAAUGGAAAAGCUUCUGAUCUGCUUAUGAUAUCUCUGCUUAACAUUAACAAAUUGUCCCUGGACGUAAAUAAUAGUGGUUCAAAGGAUGGGGACGAAGAAUAUGAUAAAAAUUCUCAAGUUAAGAUGCAUAAUGAGCAGGUACUAAAGAAACAUCUUCUGGAAAGUCUCGCGCAGCCCUUUCAUGAAGGUUUUAAUCAAGAAUUUACGGUGCCCGCAUCUCAAGAGGAAACUUUGCCUGCUCAUGAUUCUGACGAACUAGCAUCUAUUCCGGACCCAACAGAGUAUCACAAACCAUAUGAUACGCCGCGCAUCCUGCAUACAUUUACCUCUGGUAAAUACAUGGGUCCUCAAGCUAUAUUUACUUGUUCCCAACACCAUCCAUGGAAAUUUAGGGCAGCAAACGAUUUGGCAUGUUUGAUAUUUGGCAUAUCUAAGAUGGCUUUUAGAGCGCUUACUUUACUAGACUUGAUACACACUGAAAGCAGAAGCUUUGUUUUGAACAAGAUUUUGUUUACUGAGGGACAGGAGCAAGUGUUUACUGGUGAGAUUGUCGGAGUUAUUCAGCCAGGUGUUUCAUCAUUUUCUUCUCCUUCGUCCUCUAUGUCAUCCGCAUAUACUUCUGGCCAGAAAUUUAUUUGGGCGUCCAUGUGGGCUAAGCGGAAGAAUGGUAUGAUCGUUUGUGUGUUUGAGAAAGUGCCUUGUGAUUAUAUGAAUGUUAUGUUGAAUUUAGAGGAUUUUUCGGUUAGGGAUGUUAAUGGUGGUGAGGGUUUACAACUACAUGUAGAAUCCCAAACCCCCUCAGCAUCUUUUUCCUCUACUGAAGUGGAUACUUCGGUACCAAGGACCAAAUCAGUUAAGUUUGCCAAUGAGAUUGAUGAUGUUGGGACUAUUAGUCGAUCCUUGGGUGAUUUGAUCGAAAAAGUUAAAUCAGGCCAGAUAAUCGACAAGCAUGAUGACCUUCUGUCGUUACCUGUCCGAGUUACGAACCAUAUUAAUGAAAUAAGAUAUUUUACGUUAAAUCAUCUCUCGUUCAAUAUUCCAUGUGCUGUAACAUCUUCUAUAUUAGAGGAUGAUUUGAAGUUGCAGAUUCAUAGUUUGCCUUAUCAAGCAGGUAUGUUUAUCUUGGACUCCAAGACACUAGAAUUAAUUACUUUUAACAAAUCAAUCUCAAAGAAUAUGUUUGGUUUUCAUUACGUGGAGCUAAUACAUAAGUCCAUUACCAAGAUUUUACCCUCUUUCCCUGAUUUGAUAAGAUACAGUAACACUAUUUAUCCUCAUUUGAAUAUCAAUUAUCCAAAGAAUAAAGGUUUGGUGUUGACGGAACAUUACUUUCGUAAACUCCAAAGUCGAAUGAAGGGUAAUGCAGACGAGUUUUAUAGCUCUAUUGGUAUUGAUGGUGUUCAUAGAGAUGGAUGUAUCAUUAAGGUCGAUAUUCAAUUACGUGUACUAAGCAUGUCGCAUAUCUUACUGUGGAUCACCCACUCAAGAGAUGUCUUUUUUAGUAACUAUAAUACCAACCCAUCUCAAUUGAAAAUUUUGGAUGAAAAAGCUAUUGCAACAGUGAGUAGUGGGAUGAGUUCUACAACUUCAUCAAAGAAUCCAAGCGAAAAGUAUAAAUUAGAAGAAUUGAAGAAAUUGAAAUCAGAAUUGCAAACGCUAACAUUACAAAUCGGUUCUCAGGACAAUAAAUCUAAUACACGCCCCAAGUCAGAAUAUCCUCUUUCAGAUGACAUGUCGACUGCGGUAACGGAGGAGACUGACGCAAACACCACAACCAGCAGCGUUGAUCUCAAAAUUAGAGAUCCUUUGAUGUCUCCUGAUCCGAAUACCAAAUGGGAAUUAGCUAAAAGGUACGCUCAGGAUAAGGCCGAAUUUGUGAGUGAUGACAAUUUCAAAGUUGAUGAAAACUUGAUUCUACAUAUGAAUUCGUCUCUAAAAAGUGACAUCAAUUUUCCUGUGGACCAUUCCUCGUAUAGUGGGAGCAAAUUAUCUUUAGACAUGCUAUGCCAUGUGCCUGAGACAGAAAUUGGGGCUUUGAAGCAUGUGAAGAAGUUUUCAGAUUUUACAGUUUUGCAAAAUAUGGGCAAGGGUGCCUACGGGAAAGUCGAUUUAUGUUUGCAUAAGAAGGAAAAGUAUGUAGUUGUGAUUAAGCUGAUUUUCAAAGAAAGAAUAUUGGUUGACACUUGGGUUAGGGAUCGAAAGCUGGGCACCAUUCCUUCAGAGAUUCAGAUAAUGGCCACUCUACAAAAGAAACCUCAUGAGAAUAUUAUGAAAUUACUUGAUUUCUUUGAGGACGAUCAAUAUUAUUACAUCGAGUCUCCAAUGCACGGUGAAACUGGAUCAAUUGAUCUUUUUGAUCUAAUUGAGCUGAAAACCAAUAUGACUGAGUAUGAGGCCAAGUUGCUGUUUAAGCAAAUAACCUCUGGAGUCAAACAUUUGCAUGAUAAUGGUAUUGUUCAUAGAGACAUUAAGGAUGAAAACGUCAUUGUAGAUAACAAGGGUUGUGUUAAACUAAUCGACUUUGGCUCCGCUGCUUAUGUCAAAAGGGGACCAUUCGAUGUGUUUGUUGGCACUAUUGACUACGCUGCACCGGAAGUCUUGGAAGGUGAUCCCUAUGAAGGCAAACCGCAAGACAUUUGGGCUAUUGGUGUGCUACUGUACACCAUUAUUUAUAAGGAGAACCCAUUUUACAACGUUGAUGAAAUUUUGGACGGUGAUUUACGAAUCAAUCCGUCCGUAAUUGUUAGUGAAGAAUGUGUUGCUUUAAUAACCAUGGUCUUAGAUAGGUCUCUGAGCAAAAGGCCUACUGUUGAUGAUAUUUGCAGUCAUAAGUGGUUAGGAAUCUAG